AUGUGGCACGAAGCGUAUCCAGCAUCUUCCUCCAUCGCCUCCUUUCUCGACUCCCCUCACAAUCCCCUUUCCCUUCAUCCCCACUUGUUCCCUUGCCCCCAACCCCCCCGUUUCACCCCUUUCCUCCUUGCAGCAUCCAGUCGUUCCAUCGUGACCGGCAGGAGGGGAGCCAUGGGCCCCAUACCUGAGAGCACGUUGGGGGAUGGGACAAACUCUUUCCUCUCGUUCAUUCGCCCCAUCGUGAUCGGCAGGAGGGGCGCCAUGGGUUCCAUGCCUGAGAGCACGUUGCCGGAUGGGACCCUUACUCGUCUUGCUCCCCCACUCAACCAACCACCCUUCCAUUUCCCCCUUUUUCCCCUUAUCCACACUCUUGCAGCCUCCAGUCGCCCCAUCGUGAUCGGCAGGAAGGGCGCCAUAGUUCCCAUGCCUGAGAGCACGCUGGGGGAUGAAAUCCUUACUCCCUCCUCUCGCCCCAUCGUGAUCGGCAGGAGGGGCGCCAUGGGACCCAUGCCUGAGAGCACGUUGGAAGGAUAUGAGAGGGCCAUAGCCGAUGGAGCGGACUACGUGGAAUGCAAUGUCAUCUGCACGGCAGACUCGGAGCUGAUCUGCUGGAACGACCUAGAUUUGACCCUCGUGACGAACGUGGCACACCACCCGGAGCUGAGUCAACUCAAGUCAACGGCGGUCAUAGAGGGGCAGGAGGUGGAGGGAUUCUUCGCGUUCAAUUUCACGUUCGAGCAGAUCCAGAUUCUCAGAGUGGAGCAGCGAUACCAGUGGCGGGACAAGACCCUUCACGGCCGUUUAUCCAUCCCCACUCUCUCUGCUGUGCUCGCCCUCGUUCUCUCCUCCAAUCAAAACCCCGAGCUGCUCGCUGCUAGAGGCAACCGACCCGUGGGGCUGAUGCUGGAACCCAGAUACCCUGAAUUCCACGAGUUCAUCGGGUGCCCUUUACUCGAGUCGCUCCUCACUCUUCUCAGCGUUAACAACCUGCAGCCACCUCCCCGCCCUUCCAACCCCUUCAACACCCUCACCGCUUCCUCCGCCCCCACUGCCUCUUUGAGUGACCGCCUUGCUAGCAUCAGCACCACCACCAUUUCUACUCACAAUGCUCCUGCAGCUGGUGCUGCUACGGCCGGGGGGCGGAUUGUGCUGGACACAGCAGUGCACCUGGUGGUGAUAGAGGCGAGGAGCGCCUCUGCUCUGGUCUACUGCAGCCAACGCACCUCCAUUCCCCUCGUGCAGAUCCUGGAGGCGGGGUGGGACGAGCCAUCCGACACCAACCCCAUCCUGCAGGCCCCGCCUCCUUCCUGCCCUCCAACCGCUUCCCUGCAAGCCUGCAUCCUGGACGCCAUAUCACUCUACGCCGUGGCCAUCGCACCAGAGAAGCAUCUGGUGCUGCCGGUGGAGUCGUGGCACAAGAAGCUGCUCAACCAGACGGAUCUCGUCUCCCUCGCGCACCACCCAGCCCGCCAGCUCGCCGUGUUACCCUGGCCUUUUGCAAACGACUGGAUUUUCCUAUCGCUGAGCUAUGAAUUGGACCCACUGAACGAGUAUGCCAUGUUUGUGGAGGCGGUGGGAGUGGAUGGGCUCUUCUCUGACUUCCCCGCCACCGCCCUUAAAUACCUCCGGUCUCGGGACUGCCUGGCAGCAGCACCAGGAGUGCUGGGUGCGUUGGUGGCGGCACCAAGAAAACGAGGCCUAGCAGAUCUCCUGAUCUUAGCUGUCAUCAUCACCAUUGCGGUUCUCCCCAUGGCUGUGUGGACACUCUAUGCCAUGCACAAGUGGAGGCAGACGGAGCAGCAUCUGCACUGGCAGGAGUUUGCCACCAUCCACUCCCACGGCCCCACCACGGCCUCGGAACGACAACCCCUCACUGCCCUCGCUGCUGACUCUGACCUUAGCCCUUCCUCCACUGCCGCUGCCGUUGCCGCUGCUGGUGGUGGUGCUGCUGCUGUUGUUGCUGGUGGUGGUGCUGGUGAUAUGAGUCCUUCUGCCCUGUUUUCUCCCCGCUUCAGCGCAUUGCAGCACCACCGCCCGUCCUCUCCCCCGCCGUUGCCACCCGGGCUAGGGGGCGUGGAGGAUGGGUCAGUGUUGUCCUCAGCAAUGGCUGGUGGAGGGCGGUCGAGAGGGGGUAGGAGAAUCAGAGCCAUGGACUUUGGGGAAGAGGACUGGUAG